AUGACCGCACAUUCUCGUAUGGCAUAUGAACUUAAGUUGCGUAGAUGGGAAAAGAAAUUCAUUUUAAUGGCUGAUCAAGAUGUUAACGAGAUUCAUCAGAAAGAAGAAGAAAUUGGAGAGAAGAAACAUUUUUAUAAAAUCGUACAACUAAUGCCAUCUAUUGAUGUCCAUCAUAAUUCAUCAACUUCAUCCUUAAUCCAACGUCUUCUUUGUCCAACAACUUUUCAAGAGAGUAGAGAAGAACAGAAACGCGAAUUGUGCAGUCAAUCGCUUCAUGUUUAUCUUCAACCGAAGCGUUUCGCGUUUCAAAAUGUUGUCGUGAAGCUGCAUCCAACUUCAACCGAGACGAUUUGA